AUGGUCGAUUACUCUCUAUACUUUGUCACAGAUCCAGGCAUGGUGCCUGAAAACUCCACUUUCUUGGAUCAGGUGAAAAAAGCGGUGGAUAACGGCGCAACCAUAGUGCAGCUCCGAGAGAAAGAUAUCCUGACACUUGAUUUUGUGGAGAGAGCUAAGAAGGUUUUGGAGAUCACAAGGCCUAAGAACAUUCCAUUGAUCAUCAAUGACAGAAUUGAUGUUGCUUUGGCAGUGGAUGCUGACGGUGUUCACGUUGGACAGGACGAUUUGCCAGCUAUCCUUGCAAGGAAACUUAUUGGACCUAAUAAGAUCUUGGGUGUUUCUUGCGGCAAUGCCGAAGAGACUACUCAAGUAUGUGAGCAAGGUGUGGCUGAUUAUGUUGGUUUGGGCACUUUGUAUCCUACAAACACUAAGAACGUCAAGAACGUCUGUGGUCCUAUUGGUAUCCGCAAGUCAUUGAAAGUACUUAGGGAUCACAAGAACCAGAAAGUCAAGUGUGUUGCCAUUGGGGGUAUCAAUUCCACCAAUGCACGUAAAGUGAUGUUCCAAUGCUCCAUUCCUGGCAAGAGAGUGGACGGUGUUGCUGUGGUGUCUUGCAUCAUGGCUGCUCCAGAUGCCGCUGAAGCUACAAAACACCUUUCCGCUGAGCUUCAGUCACCAGUUCCUUGGCUAGACAAGGUUAGCUCUCAAGCUGCAUCAUUGGAUGACGUUUCCAGUGCUUGGAAGCAAAUGACUAAGUCCAAGCCAUUGGUACACCAUAUCACCAAUAACGUGGUAAAGAACUUCUGUGCUAAUGUGAGUUUGGCAAUUGGAGCAUCUCCAAUUAUGUCGGAACUUUCCGAUGAAUUCCACGAGUUUGCUUCCUCUCCAGCACCAGUCGGGUUGGUGGUGAACUUAGGCACUCCAUCUGCUCAACUCAUGGAGGUUUUCCUUGAAGGUCUUCGCCAAUAUAACGCACACGGCAAACCAGUCCUUUUUGACCCUGUUGCUGGUGGUGCUACACAGGCCCGGUUGGACGCCUCUAGAGUCUUGCUCAAUGCUGGUCACUUCACUGUCAUCAAGGGCAAUGUUGGUGAGAUUUCAGCCAUGGCUAAACUUACAAGUUCUUAUAGCUCGACUUCUACCGAGAAGACCAUGCAAGGUGUUGACUCUAUUGCUCAGCUUGACGAAGAUGCCAUUGUUGAUCUUGGUAAGCAUGUUGCUAGAGAGUUCCAGACUGUUGUUGUUGUUACAGGUCCUGUCGACUAUAUUAUCGAUGGUACAUUCCCACUGUCAGAAGACGCAGUUCCUCACGAGAAAGUUGAAGGUGGUCAUGAACUCAUGGGCUCCAUUACAGGUACUGGAUGCUCCUUAGGAAGCGUAAUCUGUGCGUUCAUUGCAGCUGGUGCUGAUGGUGCCAACGGAGAAAAGUACAGUCCAUUUUCUGCUGUGGUCAGUGCUGUCAAACUCUACAAGCAUGCUGGUACAAAGGCCGGAGAAACCGCCAAGGGCCCUGGCAGUUUCGUGAGCGAGUUCUUGAACCAGUUGUACUCUACUGUGAAUAACUAA